GAGAGAAGAGAAGACGCGCUGGUCGUGGCAGAUCCGCUCAGUCUCAGCUCAUCGUGUGCCCACGCCACCAGGACGCACCGCCGCUCCGCGCCGCGCCGCGCUGCGCUGCGGAGACACAAGCAGACAAAUGUUUCCGCCUGUUUGUCAUUGCUGCUUUCUUGACUGAUGGAUGUAGACGCACAGGCGCCGCCGCUGCAACCGAAGACUCAAGUUUAGAUAUUUUUUGCGAUAAUAAACGGUCUGAUUUUUCCUUUCUUUUUUCUUUUUUUUUUUUUUUUUUUUGGUAUUUGGUGACUCCACCCGGGAAGCGCUCGGUGAUUAUUUGGUGGCCACACGCAGUAUGCGAGCACAGGGGCCGGAGGCUGGAGGAGACUCGGACUGAGACGCUCUCUCUUUCUCUUUCUUUGUGUGUGUGUGUGUUGUGCUUGAGACACCGCGCGUCUUUUCUUUGGACACAUCUGUAACUGUGGCUCUGACGCCGGCGCUCCUCCACCGCGAUGUCCACCAGAAAGACGUCGUUGACGGACAAACAGGCUAAAAACGGCACGUCCAAGUACGUGCUGGAGCGAUGCGCGUCCAUUAACGAGUACUAUGACAUUGCCUUCAAGGUGAUGCUGCUGGGAGACUCGGCCGUGGGGAAGACGUGUCUGCUGGUGCGCUUCAAAGAUGGAGCGUUUCUGGGAGGCAACUUUAUAGCCACCGUUGGAAUAGACUUUAGGAAUAAAGUGGUGGGCGUGGACAACCUGAAGGUCAAACUCCAGAUCUGGGACACGGCCGGCCAAGAGAGAUUCCGCAGCGUAACGCACGCCUACUACAGAGACGCCCAAGCGUUGCUGCUGCUUUACGACAUCACCAACAAGUCGUCGUUUGACAACAUCAGGGCCUGGCUCACUGAAAUACACGAGUAUGCCCAGAAGGAUGUGGUCAUCAUGUUGCUCGGCAACAAGUCGGACAUGGCUGCAGAGCGGGUCGUGAAGACGGAGGAAGGGGAGAAGCUGGCGAAGGAGUACGGAGUCCCGUUCAUGGAGACCAGCGCCAAGACGGGACUCAACGUGGAGCUGGCGUUCUUCGCUCUGGCAAAGGAACUGAAGCACCGAGCGACGCAGCAGCCGAACGAACCCAAGUUCCAGCUCCACGACUACGUCGAGUCUCAGAAGCACAAGACCGGCUGCUGUGGCUUCGUGUAGCCGAUCGCCGGAGAAAAGAGAAAGAGAGACACGUGGAAAAGGAAAAGAUGGAGAUGGAGGUUAAAGUAAAAAAAUAAAAAAGUCUUGUGUGAAAGCUCGAUCCCGAGAAGCACCUGAGAAGCCGUCGCCUUCUCCGCUGAGACCGGAUGAAUCUGGAUCCGUCCCUGAAAUCUGAAAAAUGUGAAUUUUAAAAUCCUCGGUGUCAUGCGUAGAAAUGUUCGUGGUCUUUGUGGUGCCAGUUGUGUUGAACUACGAGCCGGGAGCUACGCUACGAAGCGCUACAUCCAGCCUCAGACGGAACCAGGAUCGUUUUUUUAUGGAUGUAGCGUCGUCCUCCCCAACCCUUCUUCAACCCCUGCAGCUCCGAUCGACUCCCCUCUGGCCUCACGCUCUUCGUCGCCUCCGGCCUCUGGAGGAAACCGUCCGGAGGCUCCGGCGAAAUGAUCUGUUCACAUGUGUUUCUGCUGGUAGAUAGAAUAAAGCCAACGUGUGGAGGGUCGUGUGUCUGUCUGUGUCCAAACCACUGAACCAGAGCUGGAGGAUCAGAACCCGUCCAACACAACACAGAGAUUAUUUUUUACAGUUUUCAUGCAUUCACACCGUAGACUGUAGGAAAAAAAUGGCGCCUCCACUUGGUCUCGUUGGUCGAACCGAUGCUAGUUCCCCUCGGUUGAUCUGUUCCCAAAGAAGUGCAAAUAUUUACAUUUUAGAAACAAUUUCUAAAGAAAAAUAAGUGCUGCUCUCAGAUUGGACCAGAUUUAGCCCCCGGGUCCAUAUGUUGGACACACUUUCAUACGAUUAACACUGCUCCACCAAUUACAAAGAAAUGCAUUCACAAAAAAACAGUUUCCUACUCAUGUUCCUGCCACAGAGCGGUCGUCAAUGGCAACUGUCAAUCAUUAUGAUGUCACAUCCUGUUUUUAUAGCAUCAAUUCACACUUAAAAUGGCAGAAACCAUCUUUGAUAAAAAACGUAUUUGACUGUAACAUGGAGGGGGUGGAGCUUACGACCUGCUCAUGCAGCCUCUAGCCACCAGGGGGAGCUCUACUAGCGUCACUUUACAGGAGCUGUCAUGGCGUCCAUUUUUCUUACAGUCUAUGAUCCACAUGCAGCAGCACCCACAAACUGUCCAUUGUGUAACUUGUCUUUAUGAAUGUUUGCUCGAUGUUUGUCCUUCAUAGUGAUCACAAAGUGCCACGAAGAAGUGCUUUGUUAUCAUAUGAUCUCUCUCUCUAUAUAUAUUUAAAUAUAAUUAUACAUAAAAAGGUAUAUUUUGUAAUGUUUGUGGUGUUGUUUUAUUGAAGUCUGUCCUGUCUGUGUUUCUUUGUGUGUUGUGUGUGUUGGAGGAUGUGUUGAGCUUAAUGAGCCACAGUGUGGCAGCAUCUUCCCUCUUUAUCCUCCACUAGAAAAAGUAGACGCCUGUUUUGACCCUGAAUGCUUUUAUUAUUAUUAUUUAUUUUAUUUUUAUUUCUUUUUUUAUUAUUGGACGAGGUUGGAUCAGGAUUCAAGUUGGAAGCUAAAUUCGUGGAUGCACCUGAACACAGCUCGCCUGUUCCCACUCGCAUCCAUCCACAGAAUGAGUCACGCUGCAGACACACACCGAAGAUACAAUAAUAAAUCAUUAUUUGCUCGGUUUCUAUUUAAACCUGGAAGCAUCCGCCUCACAUAGGCCCUAAAAAGACAUGACGUACACGAGCUAUUUUGACUUAUGACACAUGUGCACUCACUCUGCAAAACAUUAGGCACAAAAAUAAAAUAAAACAAAAUCUUCCUGAAGGUUCUGGUGUUAGUGAGCAGAAGCUUAAAAUAACCGUGUGCAGCUGAAGAGGUGGAGGCAACAUCCUUCCGUGUCUUUGAGAAACUUUGAGAACGUCGCAUGGCUGCCCACUACCCACUACUGCUCCGGAUUAAAGUCAGAGAAUAAAACUCCUUGUCUGUGUGAAAAUGACAAAUAAAGCUGAAUUGAUUGUG